AUGGCUCAAGCUGAACGGAAUGGACCGCCUCAUUGUGAGAAGAGGCCAGCCAUUCAGCAUCAAACUGAAGCUCCGCUACGGGAGUACCAGGCCGGCCUCAGUUCCCUCACCUGCAUCGCGGAAACAGGUCCCUCCCCGUCUGACCAAUACGGCACCAGGGCCGUGUUUGAUGUUGCUGCCGGCUCGGACAACCCCUCCGCGUGGAGCGCCACGGUCACCAGUCCUCCUGGGAAUGUCGUGGCCCUCUCCAUCUGCCCCGCCGCUGACGCACCCAUCGGCCGCUGGACCCUGACCCUUGGGGGGUCCUGCCGCAUUGAUUUCAUCCUCCUCUUCAACCCCUGGUGCUCAGGAGAUUCUGUGUACAUGGACAAUGAAGAGUAUUUGAAGGAAUACGUCCUAUCUCAAGAUGGAAUCAUCUACCGAGGCACCCUCGAACAGAUUUUGCCUUUCCCUUGGAACUUUGGCCAGUUUGAAUAUGGAAUCUUGGAUGUCUGCCUCAAAAUCUUGGACACCAAUCCCAAAUACCUGCGUAAUCCCGGUAAAGACUGCUCCGGGAGGAGAAAUCCGAUCUACGUCUCCAGAGUGCUGAGUGCCAUGGUGAACUGUAACGGGGACGCUGGCGUUGUGCUGGGCCGCUGGCCAGCUCUGGAUAAAUUGUCGUCGGAUAACCCCUACGAGGGGGGAGAGAGCCCCAUGUCUUGGAAGGGCAGCGUGGAUAUCCUGCUCAACUGGGACAGCAGCUCUUGUAGUCCAGUACGCUAUGGCCAGUGCUGGGUGUUUGCAGCAGUGGCCUGCUCAGGUGAUUGCUAA